UCGACGUAGGUAUAUAUACCAGGAGACGCCACACAUACCACAAAUCCUCGCGAGCUUACUAGUAACGAAAAGCUCUGCGCAUUUAUUCUGUCUCCAAUCACCUUCUCUCUUCACUCCCUCGACAGUGAGCCUCCGAGAACCACCAUUCGCCACGACACGGCAAGAACCCUGCAACAAACACGCGAGCGCGCGCAUGUGCGCUUCGUUCUCGUCAGUCAUGCAGCGCCUCCGCAACCAACUCUGCCGCCCCGCCAACACCGUCGUCAUCGUCCUGCUCGUGCUCGUCAUCGGCGCCACGGUCACAGAGGCGGACACUGACACGUUCAUCUACGCCGGGUGCUCGCCGUCCAAGUACGAUCCGGGGAGCCCCUUCGAGGGCAACCUCAAGUCGCUGCUCACCUCCAUCACCACCUCCUCCCCCAACGCCGCGUACAGCAGCUUCACGGCCGGCGGCGGCAGCAACGGGACCGCCGUCUACGGUCUCUACCAGUGCCGCGGCGACCUGGGCAACGGCGACUGCGCGGCGUGCGUGCGGGAGGCGCUCGCGCGGCUCAACGAGGUGUGCGCGGACGCCUCCGCGGCGUCGCUGCAGCUGGAGGGCUGCUACGUGCGCUACGACGGCAGCGACUUCGUGGGGCGGCCCGACACGGCCAUGGUGUACCGCAAGUGCAGCACCAGCACCAGCGCCGACGGCGGCUUCCUUGCGAGCCGGGACGCCGUGCUGGGCGCGCUGCAGCAGGGCGCGGCCGCCAACGGGUACAGAGCGAGCAGCUCCGGGACCGUGCAGGGGGUGUCGCAGUGCCUCGGCGACCUCGCCGCCGCCGACUGCGCGGUGUGCCUGGCGCAGGCGGUCAGCCAGCUCAAGGGCACCUGCGGCACGGCGCUGGCCGCCGACGUGCACCUCGCCCAGUGCUACGUCAGGUACUGGGCCAGCGGCUACUACUUCCGCCCCUCACAAGAUUAUUCGCAAGAUGACGUUGGGCGGACCGUGGCGAUAAUAGUGGGCAUCCUCGCAGGCCUGGCCCUCAUCGUGGUCUUCAUCUCCUUCCUCAGGAAAUCAUGUUAAUCCCUAAUUCUAACUAGGUUGGCUCCUGGGAGAAGCUUCGAUUCUUGCAUACUGGCCGGUUAGCCCCAGACUGGACCUACUAUGGCCCAGAGAAGCUUCACAAAGAUUGUAAUCUCAUCUUGUUAGCAAUAGAUUAUGUAAGUGAUCUUUGGUAGGGCUGCAUGUAGUAGGAGGAUCACUAUGGUCUAUGGGUCAUCAAUUUUGGUCCACUAAUAAUGACCCACCUGUUAAUUAGUACCAAAUCAUUCACAUACUACUGUCAAAGCCAUUGCCUUUCAAUUGAUUGCAGUCAAGGUUGAUUUACA